AUCCGAUACAAUUUGGAGCGGGCGGGAACUGCAGCCCAUGGCCCUUCAUUUCCAACAAUAAGAGCCCAUGGAUUUGGAUCAAAGCCCAAACCCACGCCGGUCUCCUCCUAAAUCCUGAAUCCCUAGUUUUGCUUUCCCGCCGUUGCCUUCAGCUCCAAAGCGCCCUCCGAGCCCUCUCCGCCUGCCGACUGCUUACUGCUGCCGUGACAUCCGUCGCCUCGUCUCUUGUCUCCCGUCGCCACGCACCGCCGGAAUCUUUCUCUGAUCCACCCUCUUUGAUAGUAUCAAUACCCAGAUUGACAAGCCGGACUAUUGUCGAGAACUCUCGAUAGAUAAGGAAUAAAAGUGACAAUGGGGUUGCUGGACUCAUCUGGGGACUUGUCAGCGGAGAUGGAAGUGGAUGCAUUCAGGCGUCUCUUCCCACUACGCUACUAUGAGCGCCAUCUUGCCGAAUCUAUACGACCUGAUGGUAGGCCUCUUGGAAGGGCUAGAGAUACUACAGUGGCCUUGGGGGCUGUUUCUUCUGCUGAUGGAUCCGCUCUUGCAAAGAUUGGCUCUACUACAAUGCUUGCUGCCAUAAAAAUGGAAGUCAUGACUCCUUCCGCAGAAUCACCUGAUGAGGGGUGUAUAGCUAUUGAGUUCCACAUGCCACCAAUUUGCUCUCCAAUUGUUAGGCCUGGCAGGCCUGCUGAAGCAGCAGUAGUUGUGUCAAAGCAACUGUCUGACACCAUUUUGAGUUCUGGGAUGAUUGAUCUGAAGGAACUUGCUUUGGUCAGUGGAAAAGCUGCUUGGAUGGCUUACUUGGACAUAUAUUGUUUAGAUGCCGAUGGUGCACUUUUUGAUGCAGCAUUGCUUUCAGCCGUGGCUGCUUUCUCCCACUUGCAAAUCCCAGUAGUUUCCGUGAAUGACAAAGGAAAAAUAGUAGCCUUCACAGAGGAAGGUGAUGGGAGGAAGUUGGAGAAAGAAGCAGUUAACAAAGAGAAGAUAAAACUAACCCUCGGCAGCAUCCCUUUCUCACUUACAUGUGCACUACAUAAGAAGUACAUCUUGGCAGACCCCACGUCAGAAGAAGAAUCCAUCAUGGAAACUCUCGUGACAGUGGUCAUGGACUCGUCCGACAGACUUGUCUCGUUCUACAAACCUGGUGGACCCGCUCUUGCCUAUACCUCUCUUGUUACAGAUUGUGUAGCGUUGACGAGGCACAGAAUGAAAGAACUUGAGAAGAUCCUCGACGAAGCCUUUUCAGGGAUGGAGGUUGACUAGGUGUGCCUACCCAUUUGAGUUUAUUUUUACGUUGAAGAUGGAUUGAUGAAUACUAGUGCAUUCCACCCGGUUGGUUGUGUUCUUUUGAUGUUCUCAGCGGAGCAAGGACUGCUGAAUUGCAGAACCACCAGAAUUGUUGUCCCCUGUUCGAAUACGUGCAGUCCUAACUUCACAAUUUUUGUGUUUUGGUGGUGGUGAGGUUGGGUCGGGUAGGGUUAGGGUAUGGGGGUGUGUAGAAAAGAAAUUAGGUUUUUUUUAAUGAAUGUAAUAAUGAGGUGAAAAAUAUAAUUUUUAUUUUUAAUAUUUUUAGAAACCACGUC